AUGUCUUACGCCGACGCCGCUGCCAAGGGCCCCAAGCAGUCGCCCGAAGAUUACAGCCGCGCACCCGAAUUGGGCGGCAUCUACAAGGAUGAAUCCGAGAGCACGGCCUCGCUGAUCGAUGUCGACUCUCCGCACGUUACUGCGGUCGAUUCUGACUUCCUUAGCCAGGAGGUGAAGACCACCACUCAGGCGGAGCGCCUCGAGCGGGAGGCUGCUGAAGAGGAGAAGAAGCGCGCCGAGGAGGAGUCCAACAAGAAGGCCAAGCCUCGCAAGGCCAAGAGCAGUGGUUUCGGUGCCAACUCGGAUAACCCCGUCUACAUCGGAAAUGCUGUUCUGUACACCCUGGUCGGCGCUGGCUUGAGCUUCGGUGCCUACCACAAGCACGCGCGAGGCAAGCUCUCCUGGGAAACCAUCGGACUCUGGUCUGGUGCCGUGGGCGCUGUAGGUGUGGUUGACUACUUUGUCAGCAAGUGGUUCCUGCAGAACAAGUACCCUCCCAAAUAG